AUGGCGGGACCGGGUGAUACCCUUCUCGCAUUAAUGAAGAAACGAGCUUUCAUUAUCACCGCGGCACAGACGGUUUUGCUCGCUGACCCGCACUGGUCGCGUCAUGUGUUGCUGAAGGUGCACCAGAGUUAUGAGCCGGCCACAAGGAACGAUACAAUCCGAUCUGUUGAUGGCAGCUACACCCUCAGUGCCACAGUCUUGCUGCCGGGUGAUGCUGAAGUGCCACAGUUCUUGCGCACUAGUCCGAUCGUCAUCGUAGAGCAUUUUAUUGGCACUGGUGGAGAUCCUGCAGCACCCAAUUGGGUGAACUGGCCGCCGGACACUGUGUGGGUUGUCCGCAUCUCCAGACGCGCAGCAUCACAAACUUUCAAAGAACUGGCUGAAUAUCCGGAGAACCUGGAGGUGCCUGGGUUGUGCCCUUCUAUCCUUGAAUGGGCAAAGAGCAUUUGGCACAAAGGAUGCGCCCCUAUAGAUCACGGAAAUCCCGGGAUAAAUCAUCUUCAGUUGGAGGGUAUAUCUACCUCCGUGCCCGCGCUGUUCGCCGCUUCUGUGGCUCUGCAGAUGACUAUUUGUACCUACGCAAUCGUGCAGUAUGCCAUGCCGCCAUAA